AUGGGGAUCCUGGAGAAGAUCUCGGAGAUCGAGAAGGAGAUCGCCAGGACCCAGAAGAAUAAAGCUACGGAGUACCAUCUGGGUCUGCUGAAGGCUAAACUCGCCAAGUACCGCGCGCAGCUUCUAGAGCCAACCAAAUCGGCCACCGGCAAAGGAGACGGCUUCGAUGUCAUGAAAUCAGGAGAUGCCCGGGUGGCACUGAUCGGGUUCCCCUCUGUGGGUAAGUCCACCUUCUUAAGCUUGAUGACAUCCACAGCCAGCGAGGCUGCUUCUUAUGAGUUCACCACCCUGACCUGCAUUCCAGGAGUGAUAGAGUACAAAGGAGCAAACAUCCAGCUACUGGAUCUUCCUGGAAUCAUUGAAGGGGCAGCCCAGGGGAAGGGCAGAGGACGGCAGGUAAUCGCCGUGGCUCGAACAUCGGACGUUGUCAUUAUGAUGUUGGAUGCCACAAAGGGUGAGGUCCAAAGAUCUCUGCUGGAGAAAGAGUUGGAGUCGGUAGGCAUCCGACUGAACAAGAAUAAGCCCAAUAUUUAUUUCAAGCCCAAGAAAGGAGGAGGAAUCUCAUUCAACUCUACUGUACCUCUCACCCAGUGCUCCGAAAAACUGGUGCAACUCAUUCUUCAUGAAUAUAAAAUGUUUAAUGCAGAGGUCCUGUUCAGAGAAGACUGCAGUCCGGAUGACUUCAUCGAUGUCAUUGUUGGGAACAGAGUAUACAUGCCCUGCCUUUAUGUAUAUAACAAAAUAGAUCAGAUCUCCAUGGAGGAAGUGGACAGAUUGGCCAGGCAACCUCACGGCGUGGUAAUCAGUUGUGGGAUGAAGUUAAAUCUGGACUAUUUGCUGGAAAUGCUGUGGGAAUAUUUGGCACUCACCUGUAUCUACACCAAAAGCGAGGGCAGAGACCGGACUUUUCAGAUGCAAUUAUCCUCAGAAAGGGGGCUUCCGUGGAACAUGUGUGUCAUCGGAUUCACCGGACCCUCGCUAGUCAAUUUAAAUAUGCUUUGGUUUGGGGGACCAGCACCAAAUACAGCCCUCAGAGAGUAGGCCUCACCCACAACAUGGAGCAUGAAGAUGUUAUCCAGAUAGUCAAGAAAUAA